UGGACAUUUUGCUUGGUUAUGCUACGUUGCUGUUUUCUGCAUUCUGGGUUUAGUGAGUUUGGUUAAAUUGAAUGAUGGGAACCAAGAAUUUGGUGGCAUUUGUUCUUUUUGCUCUCCUAGUUUUUGAAGGUUAUUUCACUGAAAAAGUGCUUUCUGCUACUGUGACAUAUGACCACAGAGCACUGGUUAUUGAUGGGAAGCGGCGGAUUUUGCAGUCGGGCUCUAUCCAUUAUCCUCGAAGCACUCCAGAGGUGUGGCCGGAAAUUAUUAAGAAAUCUAAGGAAGGGGGACUGGACGUGAUAGAGACUUAUGUUUUCUGGAACUAUCAUGAGCCUGUAAAAGGCCAGUACUACUUUGAAGGCAGGUUUGAUUUGGUAAGGUUUGUGAAGACAGUGCAAGACGCUGGCCUUCUAGUCCAUUUGAGGAUUGGCCCGUAUGCUUGUGCUGAAUGGAACUAUGGAGGAUUUCCUAUUUGGUUACACUUUAUUCCCGGAAUUCAGUUUCGCACAACAAAUGCACCUUUUAAGAUUGAAAUGAAGCAAUUUCUUGCAAAAAUUGUUGAAAUGAUGAAGAAGGAGCAUCUCUUCGCAUCACAAGGAGGCCCAAUCAUUCUUGCUCAGGUUGAAAAUGAAUAUGGAAAUAUUGAAGGUUCAUAUGGAGUUGGUGGAGAAUUAUAUGUCAAAUGGGCUGCAGAAACUGCUGUCAGUCUUAAUACAUCUGUACCUUGGGUGAUGUGUGUGCAAGACGAUGCACCGGAUCCAAUUAUAAACACAUGCAAUGGAUUUUAUUGUGAUAGGUUUACCCCAAAUUCCCCAUCCAAACCAAAGAUGUGGACAGAGAAUUACAGUGGAUGGUUCCUUGGAUUUGGCAAUCCAAUUCCUUUUCGACCUGUUGAGGAUCUUGCUUUUGCUGUUGCACGGUUUUUUGAAACAGGUGGCACUUUUCAAAACUAUUAUAUGUAUUUUGGGGGGACCAACUUCGGGCGAACAGCUGGAGGCCCUUUGGUUGCGACAAGCUAUGAUUAUGAUGCUCCCAUAGAUGAAUAUGGUUUUCUUAGGCAGCCAAAAUGGGGCCACCUGCGUGACUUGCACAAGGCGAUAAAGCAGUGUGAAGAACAUAUGAUCAGCUCCGAUCCAACACAAGUGCAACUUGGUAAAAACUUAGAGGCACAUGUCUACUAUAAAAGUUCUAAUGAGUGUGCAGCCUUUCUUGCUAAUUAUGGCAGUAGCUUAGAUGCAAAUGUCACUUUUAAUGGAAAUAUCUAUUUCCUUCCAGCUUGGUCCGUGAGCAUCCUUCCCGAUUGUAAAAAUGUUAUAUUUAAUACUGCAAAGGUUGUCUCACAAAGAACUCUUGGAGAUUCUUCUUUUUACGCCACAACCAGUGUAAAUGAUUUUAUAUUGGAACCAUCUUCAUGGAGUUGGUAUAAAGAAAGAGUCGGUAUUUGGAGCAACAAUUCGUUUAUGAGCUCAGGCUUACUGGAGCAGAUAACUACAACAAAAGAUACUAGUGAUUAUUUAUGGUAUACAAUAAGUAUUAAUGUGAAAGAAAACAACAUACCUGGUCAAGAGAAAGAACUUUUUCUGCAUAUUGAGAGCCUGGGGCAUGCAGCACUUGUUUUCGUAAACAAAAGACUUGUAGGAUUUGGAUACGGUAACCAUGAAGAUGCAAGCUUCAUCCUAGAUGAGAAGAUUACUCUGAACCAUGGAAAUAAUACCAUAGAUCUGUUGAGUAUGAUGAUUGGUGUACAGAACUAUGGACCGUGGUUCGAUGUUGCAGGAGCAGGAAUCUUUUAUGUUGCUCUUCGUGACUUAAAGAACGACACAAGUGAUCUUUCUUUUGAAGAAUGGACCUACCAGGUGGGACUUGAAGGGGAAGACCUUGAUUUGGAUAACAUAAAUCUUGCAAACAGUUCACUCUGGACUACAGGAGCAGCUCCACCAGUUAAUCAGAGUUUGAUAUGGUACAAGGUUGCAUUCCUUGCUCCUGAAGGAAAGGGUCCUUUGGUAUUAAAUCUUGCUAGCAUGGGAAAGGGACAAGCAUGGGUUAAUGGGCAGAGCAUAGGGAGAUAUUGGCCUGCCUACCUCUCACCAUCAUCUGGUUGCACCAAUGGCAGUGAUUGUGACUACAGAGGAGCCUACGAUCCAACGAAAUGUCUAAAGAACUGUGGUCAACCAGCUCAAACUCUGUACCAUAUUCCCCGUACGUGGGUACAUAUUGGAGAGAACCUUCUAGUUCUCCAUGAAGAGCUUGGUGGUGACCCUUCUAAGAUUUCUUUGAGGACAAAAACUGGCCAAGAGAUAUGUGCACAUGUAUCAGAGACUGAUCCUCCUCCUGCCGAUUCCUGGAAACCAAACUCGGAAUUCAUAUCUCAAAACCCUGAAGUUCAACUGACCUGUGAACGAGGAUGGUACAUCACUUCAAUCAAUUUCGCUAGCUUUGGAACUCCUAUAGGAAAAUGUGGCACAUUCGCUUUGGGAGCUUGCAAUGCCGACAUCUUAUCAAUUGUGCAGCAGGCUUGCCUUGGCCAAGAAAGAUGUUCAAUCCCCAUCUCCACAGCAACCUUGGGUGAUCCUUGUCCUGGAGUGUUAAAAUGUUUAGCUGUUGAAGCUCUUUGCAGUGAUUGAAAGUUCCACUUGUUUACACCAAACCACGAGACUUGAAUGGAUAGAUAGGUUGGCACGAUGCACUAUAGUGCUGCUGAUGACGUAUCUUGUGAUCUUUUUGGCCCUUUACUAGCGAAGAUGUUAUUUGACAUGGAUAUUACACUAGGCAAGUGCACAAAAAUUAUGAAUUACUUGACUUGAAAACCCACCAUUUUGAUUAAGGUGAAUCAAUAUUGCAUUAAUUCUGGGAA